ACUCUCACCGCCUUUCUUCUUCUUCACUGGUAAAUCCAUGGCUAUUUCUGUUGUCCAGAUGAUAUAAAAACCUAAAGAAUCAAAGAACUCCAGAUUUUCUUCUUGUUUUCCCUCUUGAUUGAUUGGAUUUGGAGAGAUCGAAGAGGUGGGUAUGAACUCAUGAUCCACCACUGUUCUUACCAGUUGUGAAUCUUGAAAUCUGAGAGAUUAAAGCUGCUAAAAAUCCAGAAAAGUUACAGAUUGGGAGCUCCUUUUUUGGGGGGUUUUUGAGUUUUAGUUUUUUAAAGAGAAAGAGAGAAAGAUGGCGGGCUCAGGAACAACAGAUAGAAACAAAGAAGCAGUUGGAAUGAUGGCUCUACAUGAAGCUUUAAGAAGUGUCUGUAUGAAUUCAGACUGGACUUACUCUGUUUUCUGGACCAUUCGUCCUCGCCCGCGAGUUAGAGGUGGUAAUGGCUGCAAAGUUGGAGAUGAUAUUGGUAGCUUGAUGUUGAUGUGGGAAGAUGGGUUUUGCAGAGGAAGAAUGGUGGAUUGCUUAGAAGACAUGGAUGCAAGUGAAGAUCUUGUUAGAAGAGCAUUCAGCAAAAUGUCCAUUCAGCUGUAUAAUUAUGGAGAAGGAUUGAUGGGGAAAGUUGCUUCUGAUAAAUGCCAUAAAUGGGUCUUCAAAGAACCUUCAGAAUGUGAACAGAGUAUCUCUAACUAUUGGCAAAGUUCUUUUGAUGCUCUUCCAACAGAAUGGAAUGAACAGUUUGAUUCAGGGAUUCAGACUAUAGCUGUGAUUCAAGCUGGCCAUGGCCUUCUGCAGCUUGGUUCUUGCAAGAUUGUACCAGAAGAUCUUCAUUUUGUGCUUAGAAUGAGACAUACUUUUGAAUCACUUGGAUACCAAUCUGGUUUCUAUCUAUCCCAGUUAUUUGCAUCGACUUCGUCCCCAUCUUCCGCCGGAGUUCCGUUAAAGCAACCACCGGCCGUCCCAAUCCACCCGCCUGCAGCUUUCAACUGGGCAGCAGCGGCACCUAAGCCUAUGCAAUCGCCGAAUUUCCAAAAUCCGAACAGACUUGGGUUCGCGCCGAAAGAUGAGACACACAUGUUUCUUCUUCCUCAUUCAUCGGAGCCGCAAAUGGGGAACAUGAUGGGUUCCGAUCAUCAUGUCGAAAAUGACAUCAAAUGGCCGAAUGGAUUGACCUUCUUUAACGCGCUCACUGGAAGAAGCGACGAUGCGAAGCUUUUGUUCAAUGCAGAAGGGAUCGAUGGCAAGGCGGAUGGCGGGAACUUGAAUCAAGAUAAACAUACUCCGGAGGCGGGUAUGUACACUGAUGUUAUGGAGAACUUCUUGGAGUGAAAUCUUGAGAUCAAUGAUCGAAAAUCGAACUUAUUAUAUCUUCAGUUUGUUAAGAAUCUUGAAAACUACUCUCGGAAAUCGUUGUUGUUUAGUCGUUUUUUUUAUCUUUUUACAUGUUUAUCUUUCGGUUCAAUUUAGUGAACUUUUUGAACGAAAAAGAUCGAAUCGUUGAAAAUUGUGAUGCAA